AUGUUGGCACAUUGUAUUGUUUUUCACCCUCGUGAAAGCUUGAUAUUACCUGGAAGACUCGACCAAGGGUUAACGUUGAAAGGAACAUUUACAACUGGACCAUUUCAAUGUGAUGAAGGUAGUUCUAAAUUUACACAUUGUUGUUUCUCCUCAGAUAAUAGCAGAAUGGUCACAUUCUAUCGUAUCAACUUAAUUGUUUGGAACGUUUUAAGUGGCACAAAGGGAAAAUGUAUCCCUUGUAAAACACUUUUCUCUUUUUCUUUCACCGCCAGUGGCAAUUUUUUGGGCACCAUUGAUAUUGAAAACGUUUUCAACGUUUACGAUGUAACAAAUGAUUACACGGUCUUUAAGUCAAUAAAAAUUCUCUCCCAGUUUCCAGUAGAAAUUGUUUCCACUUUUGAAGAAAAUUCUUGGUUUUGUUCGUUUCAGCAUAUUAUAACAACUAUAAAUCUCGAUCUCUUUCUUCAAGUAUCUCUUUGUGAUGUAAUGAACGUGGUUCUGCCAAGUAACUUUUACUAUUCUCGUGAACUGAAAUGUUUCUUGCAGCGUCCGGAGAUGUCUUGGUUUUCAAAGGUAAAAGAAAUUCUGAAUGACACGUUUGGUUGGUCUUCAUUCACUGCUCUUAGGUACAUUUUAAUAGGGGAUAAAAAUGUGCUGAUCUACUCUUGCGAAUCAAACACCAUGCACGUGUUUAGCUUAGAGGGUUUAGUUGAUACAGAGGAACGGACGCCGAACUCAAAAGGUGUCUUUUCCAACUUAUCUGCAAAUGGCGAUUUUGUUUAUUUAAAUAACACAUGGGAGCAGAGAUUUACUAUUUGCGAACUUGAUUCAAAUAGGAUUAAGAAAUAUCAAAAACGUCUCCAUUCAGAUCAGUUAGAUAUUCCAGUUGUGAGGGACGGUGUAAUUUUAUAUGGUGAAAAUCGUACUCCAGAGCUCUGGAAUAGUGAUUUAACACAACGUCUUGCAUGCUUUGAUCAACUGGCUGGAAUUAAACAAUACUUAUCAGUAUCUGGUCAAUUAAUAGCUUGUGUUUACCAGUCCGAUGUAACUUUCUUUAAUGUUUUUACUAAGAAAAUAGAAUCGAAAACGAUUUUUAAUGAAGAUGUUUUGUCAGUACAUGCAUGCAGCAGUAAAUAUCAUGUUCUUGCGCAGAUUGAGUCCAGUAACAUUUCCUUAUGGAAGGAUGGAACGAAGGUAGGUGGUUGGGAAGAUGUUUUUUUUACGAAUACGUCUCUGAGAUGCAUUUUAUUUGCCAAAUUUUCUGCCCAGGGAAAUAGAUUAGCAUUGUGGAGUGCUGAAGUAAACAAAAUAUUUAUAUUUGACGUUGCCUCAAUAAAAUUUCUUGCUCAGACUCCUAUUAACGGACCACAUAAUGAUCUCAUCCGGUUGACGUUUUUUGACAACGAAAACUUAGUUUGUAGCUCAACUAACCAUAUGUUAUAUUUCAUUAAUGCAGAUCGUGGUGAAAUAUUAACUUGUUUAGAUGUAGGUGAUAUUCCAGCACCGAUCGCUGUAUGUCGUGAACGAAGCAUUGUUUUUGCUGCUCUUAAUUGUUCAGAACGUUUUGAGUUAAUUAAGGUUUGGUUGCCUCGCAAGUUGUAA